UUCCCAGGGUGCAAAGCAAGCUGGGUGAAAAGCUACUGGACACGUAGCCUAUAUUACUGAGUGAACGCUGCUCAGUUUAACCGAUGUUUUGUGAUGAUUUCGCUUGGGUUUGUGCACUUUUUUAGAUAAAUUGCACCCACGCAUACAUCAUAUAUGGUGUGGAAUUAUUGUUAACUGCGUGUAAAUGACGAGCAGUCCAGUCGGCAGCGUGAUCAUCAGUCCUGGAGAAAAUAACAACGUCGGUUGACUGCUGCGGAGGCCUCGGUAACGUCGACUACUCCAAGAUGGACUUCAAGGUGUUUGAGGAAGUCUUAAAACACGUCAACUUUAAGGACACCAACUUCCACAUUGCUGUUUGCGCAAUUGUUUUCAACCCGCUUUUCUGGAACUUGGUGGCAAGAUGGGAACACCGGACACGGAAACUCUCAAAGAUGUUUGGAAGCCCCUACGUCGCCUGCUACUUCCUUGGCUUCAUUAUCAUCCUCCUCAAUGUGUAUCGAAGCCACAGCAUGACCGUCGUGAUGAAGACACAGGCCAGGUGGGAAAUACUGGACAGGACUGAGGUCUUUCAAACUGGCGUUCUCCUCAUCGCGGUGGGCUCUCUGCUCGUCGUCAGCAGCUUUCUCGCUUUGGGAUUCACCGGGACGUUCCUUGGUGACUACUUUGGCAUUCUAAUGGAUGAAAAGGUGACAGGCUUCCCCUUCAGCCUUACAGAUAACCCAAUGUAUUGGGGCAGCACUGCCAACUACCUCGGAUUAGCACUCAUAGGCGCCAGUCCAAUCGGUCUCGUCUUGACUGCAAUUGUGGCGUUGGUCUACAAGAUUGCAAUUGGAUUUGAAGGACCUUUCACUGAGCACAUCUAUCAACAAAGGACGCGCAAACGUGAAUAAUCACAUCCUGCCGGGCUGUCGGAGGACAUUAUUGUGAUCGAGCGAGCCUCGGGAAGAGAUGAUUGAUUAUUAAGCCACUGCCAGUGAGAACGUUUUGGUGUCUCAUUCUUUCUGUUGACAUUUCCAAGAAAAGAAAAAAAAAUUAAAACGCAGAUCCCAGAUCAGGCCCGUGACUGAAAACUCACCAUUUUGAUAACUUACGAUCUCAUAUGUCUUCUGAACAGUCUCACCAAUUUUGAAGACGAUUCAACUAAUUCCCUCGGAGACAAGGACUCAAAUGUGCACCCUGUAAAUCGAUAAAAAUUUCACAUUCGAUCCAAACUACCUGAUUUUCUGCCGGGCUGUCGGAGGACACUAUUGUGAUCGAGAGAGCCUUGGGAAGAGAUGAUUGAUUAUUAAGCCACUGCCAGUGAGAACGUUUUGGUGUCUCAUUCUUUCUGUUGACAUUUCCAAGAAAAGAAAAAAAAAUUAAAACGCAGAUCCCAGAUCAGGCCCGUGACUGAAAACUCACCAUUUUGAUAACUUACGAUCUCAUAUGUCUUCUGAACAGUCUCACCAAUUUUGAAGACGAUUCAACUAAUUCCCUCGGAGACAAGGACUCAAAUGUGCACCCUGUAAAUCGAUAAAAAUUUCACAUUCGAUCCAAACUACCCGAUUUUCUUCCGGGCUGUCGGAGGACACUAUUGUGAUCGAGAGAGCCUUGGGAAGAGAUGAUUGAUUAUUAAGCCACUGCCAGUGAGAACGUUUUGGUGUCUCAUUCUUUCCGUUGACAUUUCCAAGAAAAGAAAAAAAAAUUAAAACGCAGAUCCCAGAUCAGGCCCGUGACUGAAAACUCACCAUUUUCAUAACUUACGAUCUCAUAUGUCUUCUGAACAGUCUCACCAAUUUUGAAGACGAUCUAACUAACUCCCUCGGCGACAAGGUCUCAAAUGCGCACCCUGUAAAUCGAUAAAAAUUUCUCAUUCAAUCCAAAAUACCCGAUUUCCUGUUGUUUUUGGAAUAUGGGUGCAAGAGACUUUUUGGAGUAGGUUUGCACGAUAUAUCGACUGCCCGAAUUUCAUCGGGACUUGUAUAUCAUAUCAUAUGUGUCAAAAUGUUAGGUAAAUGUAUGGAAUCCAGCCAGGAAGCAUUUAAAGUAGCAGUUAAAAAUAAAUAAAUAAUAAAGGCAAAGCAAAAUAGUUUAUCAAAAAGUAAAAAUGGAAAAAUUGGUGAUUGGUGAAUUGACUAUUGGUUAAUGGUCUAUUUUACGACGGAGGAUAGGUGCCAAAUGAAGGAGAAGAAAAAAUAAAAUGGAUUACGAGAUUAAAGUCGCGCUGGUCCUACGAGAAAAAAAGUAUAAUUACACAGGGUAAACUGCUACGUACUUUACGUACAGUGCCCUCCAUACUUAUUGGCACCCCUGAAAAAGAUGUGUUUUUUAGCUUCUAUUUUUUUUUUUGAUUCAAAUAAUAUGGGACCUUAAUGGAAAAAAAGAAAAAUCCAACCUUUAAUACAAGUGCAUUCAUUCAGUGGGGAAAAAAAUCCCACAUAAAGAAAAAAUUAUUUGACAUCAACUAAUGUGUGCCACAAUUAUUAGCACCCCCGGUGUUAAUACUUUGUACAACCCCCUUUUGCCAACAAAACAAGAUCUGGAGACUGAGAUGGCCAUGGGAGGAGCUUGAUUUUGUGUCUGGUGAACCAUUUCUGUGUAGAUUUGGCCAUAUGUUUAGGGUCAUUGUCUUGCUGAAAGACCCAGUGACGACACAUCUUCAGCUUUCGGGCAGAGGGCAACAGAUUUUGAAUUCAAAUGUCCUGGUAUUUCAAAGCAUUCAUGAUGCCAUGCACCCUAACAAGGUUCCCAGGGCCUCUGGGAGCGAAACAGCCCCACAGCAUCACUGACCCACCCCCAUACUUCACAGUGGGUAUGAGGUGCUUUUCAGCAUGCGCAUCUUUCGUGGCACGCCAGACCCUCUUAGAGUGUUUGUUGCCAAAAAGCUCAAUCUUGGUCUCAUUUGACCAAAGCACACUGGGACCGUGGUGUUUUUUUGGAGCGUUUUUCUCCCGAAUCCUCCUGUCCAAUCCACCAACAGACAAUAAUCCUAAACAGCCCAAACUGCAAUAGAUUAUCCUAAACACAUCUUUCUGCCCACAGCCCGCCCCGCGAGAGUUUUCAAAAGACUGAAUGUUUAACUAAUCGAUGCCAUUUUUCUCGGGACCUUGCCUCCUCGCCUGAGUCUUUUUUUCCCUUGCUGUUUGAUCGCUGUCAAACAGUAACAACACUGUAAUAUACCAAGGCUCGCAAUGCAGAAAUCACAGACAUUAAGGAGUGGUUGAGAUUUUCUUUUUGAAAUAUUUACCCUUUUAAAUGUUUUCUUGUUCAAUUUUUCUUUGUGUGGAUCAAUUAUUAUCUAAAAUAUCGGGGGGAAAUGCGGCAGUAACGCAAAAAAAAAUACAAUUAAGCGAUAGUUAUGAGGUAAACAUCCGUGAUCUAUUUAAAGACUCUAUUUUUUUCAUUGUGACGUCAUAUGUUUUAAAGUUUCAAAUUUGCUAAAUAAUAUAUCUAUAUUUUGAACUAAAUAUUAGACAUCAAUUAAGGAUUCUAAGCUAAAAAUGAUAGACAUUUCGAAUAAUAAAUAUAAUUAUUAAGCUUCUUUUUUAUGGCUGGGUUGAACAAAAGUGGUUGCGCUGUGUCUGUAAACGGGGGUCUCCAGGGUAAAAUGGAAAAAAUCCAAUUAGUUUGGGGAAGGGGUGAAAGUGGGCGGGAACGGUCAGGAACGCAGUUCCGGUAUAAGAUUCAGGGCCGGAACGCUGUUCCGGUAUAUGAUGCUUUAAUUCCGAAAAUAUGACGGCAACUGUCAAAACGCUAUGUAAAAAAAAUUUUUUUUAAAUACAAAGCUGCAAACACAUGCAUUUCAUCUCCAAGAAGAAAACAAUCUACCAACAUCAGAUUUAUAUACACAAGUGUUAACAACAAGCAUAAUAAGGUGCUUGUGUAGCGUAAUCCGUUUCCACCAAUGUUUAUUUUGUUCCACGGACGGCAUGGAGGUUUCCCCAGCUGCUGCAGUUAUCGGAGUCUGACGAUGACGAGUCACGUCAAUGUGCGAAUGCACGCAGCAAAGCAAAACGCCUGGACUCAUUUAUCCGUUUAAUUGGCUGACAUACUGACAUGUGAUCAGCAGAGAUAGUUAGCUCUGACUGGUUCAAAUGGGCAUAUUUUCUGAAACAGCAGGAAAAAAAGGGCAAUGCAACAGAAAAUGGAUCAAAUCUUUAAGAGCAAGGAAAGAGUUAAGGUGGCAUAUUUAUCAUAUUUAGUUUUAUUUGUUCAUAUGGAGAGGUUCAGAACAUUUUAGCUGUCAAUGUGCACUUUGGAUUUAUAUUUCUUCACUUAUGUUCGGCUACUUAUUCAUUUCCUUAUGAUUAAAAAAGUCAGUGUUUGCACGAUCUUCAAAAUAUAUUCCAUUUCACUCUGCAUAAUAUGUCAUUUGUACGUAUUUUUCUGAAUGUAUGUUACUCAUAUCUUUAUUAUUAAAAAACACAAAAAAAA